UAUAUCUUUUUUCCUCAGAAGGGAAAAACAGUGGAGGCUUAAUUCCAAAUAAAAUCAUCUUAUGCUAAAGUAAUAGCUUACUACAUUUCCUCCAAAUAUCAAAGACAAUGCAUAAGAAUGUAACUUGAAUAAGGGUCAUGAACUGGUUGGCCACAAUUAGCGAGUGGUUUUAUGAAUUACAAUGAAUGCAGCUAUGCUUUAAUAAUGACAGUAUCAAAGAGGAAAUAACCUCUCUGGCAGGCGUACAGCUGCUUACAAGUGCCAGUGCUGGAGGCUCAGAGUAAGUCAAUGGGAGGAGGAUGUCAGAAGGAGCCCAACUGAACAGACACAAGGACGGCAUGCUUAGGAAACUCACAUGCAGAUAAGAGAAAAAAAGGAUGAGAAACUAACAUCUUCAUUCUUCCACAUCUAUUGAUACUUUUCAUUGAAUCUUCUGAAAUCUAAGCUUCUAGAAAAAAGACUAAAAAUGUGGAUGUCUUACCAGCAAACAUGGACGGAUGUAUACACAUUCCCACCUUGCAGAAUCUGAAUCUUUAAAAAGGAAUAUAAGUCAGCCUUGGCUUUGAAUGUCUGGCAUGGGUACAACGCCUUGAAAAAGCAGAUGACAAGUUUAGCUACUGACCAUGCUGACCACUGUCUGGAACUGGACUGAAUCACAGAACAGCGAAUGGUUUGCUCUUAUAGAAUGUCGGAACAAAGUACAACUCCUGAGCACAUUUUACAGAAUAUAUGUGAUCAUUUGAUCUUGUCUAACCAUUCUGGAUUAAAGACAGAAUCAGUAGCAAAGGAGAUGAAGCUGGUUGCUGAGGAACAGGGGACUAAAGUGCACUGGGCAGCUCUGCUGAUAUUCAUGGUGAUAAUACCCACUAUCGGGGGGAACAUCCUUGUUAUUCUGGCUGUGUCACUGGAGAAAAGGCUGCAGUACGCUACCAACUACUUUCUAAUGUCCUUGGCGGUGGCUGAUUUGCUGGUUGGAUUGUUUGUGAUGCCGAUUGCCCUCUUGACAAUCAUGUUUGAGGCUACAUGGCCCCUUCCGUUGGCCCUGUGUCCCGCCUGGUUAUUCCUUGAUGUUCUCUUUUCAACUGCCUCCAUCAUGCAUCUCUGUGCUAUUUCGGUGGAUCGCUACAUAGCCAUCAAAAAGCCAAUACAGGCCAAUCAGUGCAACUCCCGGGCUACUACAUUCAUCAAGAUUACAGUGGUAUGGUUAAUUUCAAUAGGCAUUGCCAUCCCAGUCCCUAUUAAAGGGAUAGAGAAUGAUGUGAUCAACUCAGACAAUAUCACCUGCGCGCUGAAGAAGGAACGCUUUGGUAGCUUCAUGCUCUUUGGUUCGCUGGCUGCGUUCUUUGCACCUCUUGCGAUCAUGAUAGUCACCUACUUUCUUACUAUUCACGCAUUACGAAAAAAAGCUUACUUGGUCAAAACCAAGCCACCUCAGCGCCUAACUUGGUGGACUGUGUCCACUGUUUUCCAAAGAGAAGAAUCAUCCUUUUCCUCACCCGAAAAGGUUGCAAUGCUGGAUGGUUCUCACAAGGAUAAAACUCUACCUAACUCAAGUGAUGAAACUCUUAUGCGAAGAAUGUCUUCAGUUGGAAAAAAAUCAGCACAGACGAUUUCUAAUGAACAGAGAGCCUCAAAGGUUCUUGGAAUUGUAUUUUUCCUCUUUCUACUUAUGUGGUGUCCCUUUUUUAUUACAAAUAUAACUUUAGCUUUGUGUGAUUCCUGCAACCAGGCUACUCUCAAAACGCUUCUGGAAAUAUUUGUGUGGAUAGGUUACAUUUCCUCAGGGGUGAACCCUUUGGUCUACACCCUCUUCAAUAAGACAUUUCGGGAAGCAUUCUGCAGAUACAUCACUUGCAAUUACCGGGCCAUAAAGUCAGUAAAAGUCCUUAGAAAAUGUUCCAGUACAAUCUACUUUGGGAAUUCAAUGGUAGAAAACUCUGGAUUUUUCAAAAAACAUGGAAUUCGAAAUGGGAUCAAUCCUGCCAAGUACCAGAGCCCAAUGAGGCUCCGAAGUUCAACCAUUCAGUCUUCAUCAAUCAUUCUCCUAGAUACACUUCUCCUCACUGAAAAUGAUGGUGAUAAAACUGAAGAGCAAGUCAGCUAUGUGUAGCAGAAUGGGCAGUCCUCAUCUAGCUCAAGUAAGGGGAUGAGCACGAUGCUAGUGCACCAAGACAAAUGUACAGAAUAAAAAAUUAUCUCCUGAAAGCAGGAGUUUAUAUUCAGGUAGUCCAAUUUCCUUAUCUAAACAAGUCAAAACAUGAAUAAAGUAGUUUUGUAUGGCUACAAACAAAAGCAAUUCCUACUCUGGUUUUCAAAUGAAAUAAAAUUAUAUAAAUCAACAAAUUUUAGUCUUUAAAAAAAUCAAUGUCAUAAAUUAAGUUCCUAAUUGUAUGUAAA